CUGCAACACAACGGCACGACAGUUGAACGCGACUGAAAGAAACGGUUACAAAAUCAAACUUCAAAUAUGGCUGUCAAAUGUCAUUUUUGGUGACGUUUGCAUAAACACAAACAAUUCAAAAGUUUUAUAUAUAAAACAGGUUAAUCUUGACAAAUGUUGAUUUGGCAAACCAAAUAAACACGAAACAUAUGUUUACUUCUCUAUGGUUUUAAACAAUUAAAAACUCAAGAAAACACCAUGGAUGACUCGCACAUUCCAAUCGACAUCAACACGAACAAACUCCUCGACUGGCUGGUGAGUCGUCGCCAUGUCUCCAAAGAUUGGCAGGCGAACAUCUUGAAAAUCCGCGAGAAAAUCAACGCAGCCAUCCAGGACAUGCCCGCACACGAUGGCAUCGUCAAACUACUCUCUGGCCAACACAUCAACUACUUCCACUGCAUAAAAAUCAUCGAAAUCCUCAAGGAAACCGAAGCAGAUACUAAAAAUCUGUUUGGUCGCUAUGGGUCACAAAGAAUGAAAGACUGGCAAGAUAUUGUCAGUUGUUACCAACAAGAAAACAUUUAUCUAGCUGAAGCAUCCCAACUUAUGAUGAGAAAUGUCAUCUAUGAAGUACCAGGCUUGAAGAAACAAAUUGCCAAGUGUGAACAGGCACAGCAAGAGUCAGAAAAGAAGAUAAAAGAUUACAGCAGAGCUGAAACAAUUGCAAUUAAUGAUUUUAACGCCACCUGUAAGCAACUAGGCAUCAAGGGGAAGAACAUCAAGGCAGAAUUACUGGAACUUUUGAAAGAGCUUCCAUUGAUUUACAAAAAAAUGGAUUUUAAAGAACUGCAAGAUGGUAUUAACAUGUAUAAAUCAUUCAUAAACUAUCAUUCUGGUAAGAAUGACAAUCUUCCACUUUUACCAAUAUUAUCUUAUUUGAUUUCACAUGGAAACACAACAACUUAUGAGUACACUUAUGGUGAGAAACCUGUAAGUGUCGAAGAACCAACUUCAGAUGCAAUUAUCACAACAGACAAAGAAGAAUCAGCUAACAUUGACUUUGGAGAUGAUGUCCAGAUAGAUUUCUCUUCGUUAAGCGUAGAAAAAGAGAUAGAUUUUGGUGAUUCCCCCGGAGAUUCACCAAAUGAAGGCGACAUAGACUGGGGGAACACUUCCACAACAGAGGAGGAGUUUGAAAUUGUUGAUAUUGACAUCAACUUAGAAGAAUCCGGCAUUGUAGUUGAAAAUUCCGGUUUGGAUGGUGGUAUAGCCAAAGGAAAUGAUGCGUAUACCAUUUUAGACAAUCCGAAAACACGCGAUCAGAUAAUCAACGACUUAAUGGAGUUGAAUGCCUUCCUAAAGAUGAGAUUAUACGAAAUGGCGAAUGGUGGUGAUAUGAUGACCAUGCUCGACGGUCCGAAUGUUUUAAAAAUGCAAACAAUUGAAGGGGUGACAUCUCUUGCUGAUCAUGUGAGUAUCGCUCUUGAAGGAUUGAUGAAUAAGAGAAUAUUCCAUCUGCAUAAUAUCAAACAUUCGCCAAAGUAUGUUGAUAUGCUGACAGCGUCACUAAAACAAAAGUUAGAUGUGGUUGACAGGAUGAAAGCGAGUAAAACUUUGGUUGAAGACAAAAUGGUGGACAAUGCAGCACAAAUAAAGAAGAUAAAUCCUGUUAUUAAACAGGUAAUUGACAAGACAAAGAUUAUACAAAAGCAGAUUGAAGAAGAUAUUUCGAAGAAGUACAAGGGCAGGGUUGUAAAUAUUGUCGGGGCGAUUAAUUUGAUGUAAAUUUAAUUUGUUUCAUGUUUAAAAUUAUGUAUUAAAGUUGGUUAUCGAUU